UACGGCAGGAGGCGGCCGCACGCGUGGCGGCCGGGCGCUCGCCAUGCCCAAAGCGCGGACGGAGAAGCGCUCGCGGCAGGAGCGCCGGGGCGGUACCGGCACCGGAAUCCUCUUCAACACCGGAGCUGGCCAGCACAUCUUGAAAAAUCCCCUCAUCGUGAACAGCAUCAUCGAGAAGGCUGCCUUACGACGUACAGAUGUCAUUCUGGAAGUAGGCCCUGGAACUGGUAACCUGACAGUGAAAAUGUUAGAGAAAGUGAAAAAGGUUAUUGCUUGUGAAAUUGACCCUAGACUCGUGGGUGAACUUCAGAAGAGAGUCCAGGGCACGUGUCUGGCAAACAAACUGGAAAUCAAAAUUGGAGAUGUGUUGAAAACAGACUUACCAUUCUUUGAUGCAUGUGUAGCUAACUUGCCUUAUCAGAUUUCUUCACCCUUUGUUUUCAAGUUGUUGCUUCAUAGACCUUUCUUCAGGUGUGCAAUACUUAUGUUUCAACGGGAAUUUGCACUUCGUUUGGUUGCAAAACCAGGGACUAAACUAUACUGUAGACUCUCUAUUAAUACUCAGUUAUUAGCUCGUGUGGACCAUCUGAUGAAGGUUGGAAAGAACAACUUCAGGCCCCCUCCUAAAGUUGAAUCCAGUGUUGUCAGAAUAGAGCCAAAGAACCCACCACCACCUAUCAACUUUCAGGAAUGGGAUGGUCUGGUAAGGAUAGCCUUUGUUAGGAAAAACAAGACACUCUCUGCAGCAUUCAAAUCAAGUGCUGUAGAGCAGUUGUUGGAUCAUAAUUACCGAAUUCAUUGUUCCUUACAUAAUACAGAAAUACCAGAAAAUUUCAAAAUUGCAGAGAAAAUACAGACAGUCUUAAAAAAUACAGGUUACUCUGAAAAACGAGCCCGUUCUAUGGAUAUAGAUGACUUUAUUAGACUACUGCAUGGCUUCAAUUCAGAAGGCAUCCAUUUCUCAUAGGUUCUCUCAGAAGAAUGAAAGAUACUCCAUAUUUUGUCAUUAAGUCUUACUGAAGCCAGAGUGACUGCAGUGGGACAAUAUCUCUUUGCAAAAGCAACAUGCAGAAUAUGGCAUGCAUAUUCUGAGUCUUUUUAAGAACAUUACAUUCAAUUUUAUUACAGAUAACAGGAAGAAGCUGCUGCUCUGUAUUUUAAGAGUGUUAAAUUCUUUCAGGACCAAAGUGGGGUGUUGGACUUCCAUGUGACUGCAUAUUUUUAAAUAUAUCCUACUGACACGUUGGUCGAUGCUGUCGUAACUGA